CACAGACACACGCACACCACCGUGCUGCUCUGUGAUUUCAUCUCCCCAGUGCAGAAGUGAAAGAGCGCAGUCAUCCAGUGACAUUUUUGCAUUGGAGCUUGACGCACAGCCGAAAACGAAACACAACGACAUCUGACAGAGAGACGGACGGACGGACAGUGUGUAGACCAUGCUUUCAGAGUCCUUCCUCCAGACACUGCCGUACAGGGACGAGAAGAGGUACUCCUCUGCCACCAAGCUCCAGGGGGGGGAACACACAUAUCCACAAACUCUGCGUGGAGACACGCAACAUGGCGGGCUCGGUCUGACGGAGUCAGGAGAGCACUCACAUACGCCGCAAGCACUGCGCACAGACUUAGGCCCAAACGAGGGCCUGGGGCCGAGGUUUGCCUUUCCACCCGAGUUUGGCCUUAUGAUCCCGGGCCGUGCCUGUACACUCAACCACUAUCCUCACCACUCAGGGGAUUUUCAGUCUGAAUGCAGUCUCAUAAGGCAAUACCCUGACCUACGUCUGCGUCAGGAAUCAGAUGAGGCAACCAGCCCAAAUAGCAGCACGUCUUGCCACUGUCCGUCUACGUCGGUGUCCGGACGUCCCCUGCAAUCGCUACCAUGCACACCCAGCUUCCAGGGCCCAGACAGACAGCCGGGGACUCCGGUACCGGACACGACGCAUCCUUUGAAGCCCGGGACCUCGAACCCCGACGAGGGCUACCUAGAGAUGACCGGCAACCGAGAUCUAGAGUUCUCUCUCUUAGGGCUGGAGCCCCUCUCCAACUCUCUGUUGAACGGUCUGCUGGAGAAGCAUCUGGACGAGCUCUACCGCGAGCAUUUUACAGACAGCCUGGCCCGAUGCAACUCCCAGCUGGGGCACAGCCUUCUGCGUGGCCUGGUGCCCCUGCCGCAGCCCAGCGGACAGGCCCAGGCUUCAGACUUCAUGGGGGCCAGUCUGCAGGGUGUGGUGUCCAGGGAAGGAGGGUUCAGGAUCAGCUACCUUAACACUACCUCGCACUUCAGCUCACCCGUGCUUCGGAUCUCAGAUGCUGAAAGUUCCCCCCGACCCCCACCCCCUACCCCCACGCACACAUAAAACACACACACACGCACACACACACACACACACACACACACACACACACACACACACACACACACACACACACACACACACACACACACACACACACACACACAGACACACAUGACUUUAAAGUGCACUUUUUAGGGUCCCUCUACGUAAACGCUUAUUUGUUUUUCCUUCAAAUUUAUAAGCUCAUAUACGCCAUCUGCUGUUAUAACAUGAUAUUACGUUUAUUCUUAUGUUAUUGUUUAGUAGUUCAUUAAUCUCCGAUCAAGUAUAUUGUCUGAUUUGCGACAGUGUUUGUUAAUAAGUUAGGUUAUUAGGUAUAUACUUUUAAAAGAACUGCCAUUGUCACUGAAGUAGACAUUACGGGUUAUCCAUUUUGUUGAUCAAAGCCCCCAAGGCAAUGAGACAAGAAAUGGUAGUUUUGGUUUGACAAGUAGGCCUAAACAGUGCAAUGUCUACAAUGUCUACUUCAUCAAUGUGUUACCAAUCAUCUCUUACAUGUUAUGCUUUAUGUAAAUGUAUCAUUAUAAACAUUAUAAAGAAAAACCUUUUUAAAAUAAUGUGUAUGAUUUGUUCUGAUACAAACGUUUACAUACGUUUCUAGUACGUUUUUGGACAACCAUGUGGGCCAGUACAGUGUUCUUUGUUGACCUAUCUUUGGAUGCAGGAAGAUCAUAUUUGCAAAGACUAUAAUUGAAAGCUUAACCAAACAAAGUGGUGGUGUAGUCUGAGUCUUCUGUCUAUGUAAAGAAAAAAAUUGCAAAUAAGUGUUUUCACCUCCUGCAUUAUCAUAACUUUAAUAUAUACUCAUAAUGUUAUUCCCCAUUCCAUUGCAUAGUGUCACAGCUUUGUGUAAAGUUCAAAUAAAAGAUGAUCAAGUGAAA